AUGCUCUUAAACGCUCCCCACAUAGUCCCUCUGCUCAUGCACAUGGAGCUGUCGUUAGCCACAGCGGGCGCAGACAGCGGACCCAUGGGGAGGGGGCUCUCUGGUCAGCAGAGGCAGGACCAGCAGCAGUUGAACAUUGCUCACCCAGAGCAAUCGGAUGAAAACGCAGUGCAGAUCUACUUGGAAUCACCCUCUCUAGUGUCAGACUGUGUUGAAGGUGUUCAAAGAUUGUUCAGCAACUCACUCAAGAUGAGGGAAAAGAGCAACAAGGGGAAAAUGCCCCCUCGGAAAUGCAACAUAUAG